CUUUGAUCUCGUAGGUGUCUGUUCCGCUUCGAGAGGUCAGAACUGUCCGUCGUGACUGCGCUUAUUUCACUCCUCCCCUCAUAGGAGCAGCCUACUCUCGUCACAUUUCAGGCGAGGCGCAUCUCAAACAAGCCUACAGUCCGACAUGGGAUAUGGUCGUGUUAUUCUGAGCGGAUAGACUGUGUGGGACCAUGAUUUUAAAACGGCAAUAUUUCUCUGUCAACAUCAAAAGGAAUUUGGCGUAUCCGUGGCUUAUUUAUGGAGCGUGCUUUCAUUGUGUCUUUUGUUCUUAUAAUCCCAGAUUAACUCUGAGACAAGAUGAUGCGCCAUUUCUAUACAAACGAAAUUAUAGUCAUACAGUCUUAUUCCAUCAGGAAGGAUCAAAGAAUCUGUUUGUAGGAGGAAUAAAUAAUGUCCUGCAUUUUGAUGUAGACAAUUGCCAGAUUGUGGAGAACUUUACUCUGAAUCCAAGAUGUGGUAAGGGCUCCUGUGACAAUGUAGUUACGGUAAUUGAGAAGUUUGAUGACUACACACUUGUAUGUGGGACGAAUGAAAACCAGCCAAAGUGUUGGAAACUGUUUGCCGGAGAAAGCAACCAUUCCACAGAGGAUAUAGACGGCACAGGAAUCUCACCUCAUACGUGUUUGCAAAACUCCUUGUCACUGGUGGCAGAUGGAGAUCUGUAUGCGGCAGCUCCUCUAUACGAUGAUGGAACCCUCCUGCAGUUUCGCAGAAAAUAUGGACAGCGAACCAGUGUGUGGAUGUAUGACCAGUGGGUCUCAGAACCCACUUUUAUUUCUAGCUUCCUGGCCAAGCGCAACAACGACCCCUUGAAUGAGAAAAUAUACGUCUUAUUUCGUGAGAAAAACUCAGACAUGAGUCCAGAAGCAGAUCCGUGGAUAUCCAGAGUGGCCAGAGUGUGUAAGGUCGAUGAAGGUGGUCCCAAGCAGUUACUUCAGAACAUCUGGACCUCCUUUUUGAAGGCACGACUAGUGUGCGGGAUUCCUAGUGAAUCACUGUACUUCAACCGCCUGCAGGACAUUUUCAUCCAGCAUGCUGAUGACUGGAGGAAUUCACGAGUAUAUGCGCUCUUCUCCAGCAGCUGGAACUCUACUGCUGUGUGUAUUUACUCGUUGGCAGACCUUGAUGUUGUUUUUGAACAUUCCUCCUUCAAAGGUUAUUCUGGGGCCAUCCCCACCCCAAGACCAGGAACGUGUGUCAAAAAAAGCAAUUCCAUUCCAAUUUCUACCCUUCAAAUCAUUAAAGACCAUCCAGAAAUGAGGGACUGGAUUCACCCCAUUCAAAAAGAUACACCUUUUUUCACAAGUAACAAGAACUUCACCAAAAUUGCUGUUGACAGAGUCCAAGCUUCGGAUGAUAAUAUGCACAAUGUGCUUCUGCUUGCAACAGACAAUGGAGCGAUUCUCAAGAUCCUGGAAGAUGGCUCCAAAGCCUUCAUCAUCUCUGAAACGCAUCUACAUAAUGGUUCAGCACCCGUACAUUCAAUGAAACUCGACUCUGAGAAGAGGAAGUUAUUUGUAGGAUAUCCUGGGCAGAUUUCCAUGUUAGACCUGCAGAGAUGUCAAAACUACAAUGCUUCGUGUGAAGAAUGUGUCCUUUCCCGUGAUCCAUACUGCGCUUGGACCGAACAAGGCUGCACAUCACAAACUAGAGGAGGAAUACAAAACAUUGCUGAUGGACUCACUGAAGUAUGUCACCAAAAACCAGGUGGAAGAUUCAGAAGAGAAGUACAAGAAGUGCAGACAGUUCCAUUAAGGAUUCAACUCUCUGUGCCCACUGGUGUCCCCUUCUAUCUCUCUUGUCCUGUCGAUUCCCAUCAUGCCGAUUACAAAUGGGAACAUAAGCAAAAGAGCAUCCCAUGCCAGAAGACCCCAUCAGAAUGUCUCCUGCUCAUCCCAGCCAUGACAGAUGACAUGUAUGGCAGUUACAAAUGUACAUCGAAUGAACUCGAUUACGCCAGAACUGUGAAGGAAUACAAUCUCUUUAAUAACAACUUCAGAUCUGAUUCUAAUGAUGCUCAGAUGCACAGAGUACAGGGCUGGUUAAUAGGCGCAUUUGUCAGUAGUGCCUUCUAUCUGCGUACACUUUAAGGUCAAGGCAGUUAUUUAAAUGUCAGUGCUUCCAUCUUCAAGCUUUUCUGAUGACCUGUAAGCUGAUUAAAACCAUCAGUCACACGUUGCCAGGCGCCAGUCGUUGGUCUUAUCAGGUGAAGUUUAUAGGGAAGUAAACACUAAAUUAAAAGCAAGAAAGCGUCCAUCCUAGCAGGUAGCUUGCCAUUACGUGCUUCGCAGCUGUUGAGUGGCUGUGGAGUGUAUACAGUGCGGUUCAAAGUCUGACACUGAAGUGGAGAUUUGAAAAACUGGAAAUCCUGUCCAACAGUUUUAGAGAAACAAAACCUCAUGACGUAAAAUGAAGAAAAUAUUUCAGAGGCUGCAGUGUUUUUAGGUCACAAGAUACCUUUUAAAACAUUCCCCAAUAUUGUUACCUAAUAUAAUAGGCCAGUGGAUGGCAAGAAGUGACUAUUUUCAUGAGUGAGUCGUUGAAUUAGUCAUUCAGCCAAUUUGUUAAAAAAUGCUUAUUUUUUCAGAAACAAAAUAAUGACUGUUUUUGUAAGUGAGAUUCAUAACUGAUUCAUUCAAAAACACUGAUUCAGAAUAGUCAAAAAUAUUUAAGUUAAAUGAGUCAUUCAGCCAGUUUGUUAAUAAAUACUAAUUCUUUCAGAAACAGAACAAUUAGUGUUUUUGUGGGUGAGUCAUUCCAUUAUUCACUCAACUGAUUUAUUCAAAAACGCUGAUUCAAAAUAGUCAAAAAUGUUUGAGUUGAAUCAGUCAUUGAACCAGUUUGUUAAAAAAACGUUAAUUUCAGUAACAGAACAAUGACUGUUUUUGUGAGUUAAUGAAUCAUUCACUUAACUGAUUCUUUUAAAAAUGCUUGUUUAGAAUAGUCAGAAAUGUUCAAGCUGAAUCUGUCAUUCAGCCAAUUUGCUACAAAAUGCUAAUUCUUUUACAAACAGAGCAAGGACUGUCUUUGCGAGUAAGUCAUUGAAUUAUUCACUCAACUGAUUCAAUCAAAAAUGCUGAUUCAAAAUAGUCAAAAUGUUCGAGCUGAAUCAGUCAUUCAGCUUUUUUUUUUUUUAAAAGCAAAUUUUUUUUAGAAACAGAACAAUGACUGUUUUUGUGAGUGAGUCAUUGAAUUAUUCACUUAACUGAUUCAUUCAAAAACAUGGAUUCAAAAUAGCAAAAAUGUUUGUCGUAUCUGUCAUUUAGCCAAUUUGUUAAAAAAUGCUAAUUCUUUUAGAAACAGAACAAUGAUUGUCUUUGCGAGUGAGUCACUGAAUUAUUCACUCAACUGAUUUGUUGAAAAACGCAGAUUCAAAAUAGUCAGAAAUGUUUGAGUUGAAUCAGUCAUUCAACCAGUUUGUUAAAAAAACGUUAAUUUCAGUAACAGAACAAUGACUGUUUUUGUGAGUUAAUGAAUCAUUCACUUAACUGUUUCUUUUAAAAAUGCUUGUUUAGAAUAGUCAGAAAUGUUCAAGCUGAAUCUGUCAUUCAGCCAAUUUGCUACAAAAUGCUAAUUCUUUUACAAACAGAGCAAGGACUGUCUUUGCGAGUAAGUCAUUGAAUUAUUCACUCAACUGAUUCAAUCAAAAAUGCUGAUUCAAAAUAUUUAAAAAUGUUCGAGUUGAAUCAGUCAUUCAUUUUUUUUGUUUAUUUUUAAAAAAGCAAAUUUUUUUUAGAAACAGAACAAUGACUGUUUUUGUGAGUCAUUGAAUUAUUCACUUAACUGAUUCAUUCAAAAACAUGGAUUCAAUAUAGCAAAAAUGUUUAAGUCGUAUCUGUCAUUCAGCCAAUUUGUUAAAAAAUGCUAAUUCUUUUAGAAACAGAACAAUGAUUGUCUUUGCGAGUGAGUCACUGAAUUAUUCACUCAACUGAUUUGUUGAAAAACGCAGAUUCAAAAUAGUCAGAAAUGUUUGAGUUGAAUCAGUCAUUCAGCCAAUUUGUUAAAAAGGCUCAUUCUUUCAGAAACAGAACAGUGGCUGUCUUUGUAAGUAAGUCACUGAAUUAUUCACUCAACUGAUUCAUUCAAAAACGCUGAUUAAAAAUAGUCAUAAAUGUUUGAGUUGAAUUAGUCAUUCAGCCAAUUUGUUUAAAAAAUGCUGAUUCUUUCUGGAGCAGAACAAUGGCUGUCUUUGUAUGUAAGUCAUUGAAUUAUUCACUCAACUGAUUCAUUCAAAAAUGCUAAUUCAAAAUAGUCAGAAAUGUUCAAGUUGAACUAUUUUCAUUUGUAGAGCAAAAACGCAUACAUGUUUUUCAGGCUGUUGUAUGAAAGCAUUUUCACACUCGCAGACAUGCUAUUCUUCCAAACAUCAGAAGAACUGUGAAUUAACAACAGCUCUGUUGCUCACUUUUAGAUUUCACUGUAUGAAAUGAAAGCACUUUAAAUUUGUUUCUGCAUUAUCUUUAAAGACUGUAGCUUGUCUGUACAGUCACAUACAGUAUGUGAUGUAAUCAGGGGCACACCAGACAAACUAUUUUAGAUCUAUAAAUGGGCACAACGGUCUUGUUCUCACCGAAUUUCCCAAUUGUAGUGUGUUUGUUUACUGGAAAACUUCCUUCCAACCUCCCUCCAUUAGGGUAGCCUAAUUUGUGAGAUAGCAUAUGUUUAUUAAUGAUUAUGCCUGGCACUCGUGUUUGCACUUUCUUUUCAUUUGUCAUUCGUAUUGUUUCAAGCACUUGUCCUUCAAAAUGUAUAUCGCUAAUGGUUCAUGAGUUUGGUUUUGUGAAGAGAAACAGAAAUGUUGGGUGUUAUCGUGUCCAUACACUUGUUCAGGAAGUUUGUUAAAUUGGGUGUAGUAAGGGAGUUUCUGGAAUUUUGGGUGUGGUGGGCAAACGCAAGGUCUCUAUUGGACUUCAGUGCUUUUGGCCGAUGUGUAAAAAUGGAUUUUGUUCUUUAAAAACAAAGUUAAAUGAGUUGAAGCAUUUCCAAGAUGUGCAACUCCAAAAUAAAUAUACAAUGGAUCAUUUCUAGUUCUCAAAAUAUGUAGCAACUAUAUGUUCUGAAAGAAUUCUCUUAAUUUAGAAUUAUAUAAGUAUAUAAUAUUAUAGAAUUAUAUAAUAUAAGUAUUUAGGGAACAAGAUUACGCACCUUGUGUUUUUAAUUCAUUACAACUAUAAAGUAGGUAAUAAAGUAAGUUUGAAUGAUGUGCUUGUAGAGAACGAAAAAAGGGGUGCCUUAGGUUGUAGACUUAUGAAAAUGAAAGGAAUUUUACAUAUGUAUGUUCACCCAAAUGUGUUACUGCAGCAAUGUAGUUUUAUGUAAAAACACAUAUUUGUCUUGCAGAUAUUUAAUAUUGGCUUUAUUGUUUCCUAUGCCACUGAUAGUACCAAGGCAUUGCUUGUAAUACAGUGGUCUCAUUCAUUUUUUAUGUAAUGAUGUAACAUAUUAAUUUAUUAAAAGCUGGAAUUAACAGCAUGACAAAAGAGCCACAGCUGUGAACCGGCUGUUAUGUUUCCAGUGUAUUUCACGUCGAUAUUUUGAAUUCAAUUCUUUGUCGUGUUAUACAACAGCCGCUUUGUGAUUAAUAUUUUUUCUGAAUAAUUUUUACCUACAGCUAAAUACCUCCCAGUGUACACCUUAUAUUAUGUACUGCUGUGUUAUGUUGUACUUUCUAUUUAUUUUUAUGUAUUUCCCUAAUCAAAAACUAAUACAGCUAUAUUUUUCUAUCA